UAAAUCUCGAUAAACAGAUUUUCAACAGUGCAAUGGAAAACUUCAGAAGAGAAAUCUGUCCCUAAAGGAGAGUAACCUUCUACCCGACAGCAACGGGCCCCAAGGCAGCUGCCUCUCUUCUGGCUCUCCGCUGCUCCCUAUGGCUGCCCGUCUGCCGGCGGCUUGUGUUGUGUUGCGGUUCCUUAAGGGCAGGGAGCGUGGGGUACGUGGUGCGUGCAGCGUGUCUCCCAGCGGGAUCGCAGGAAGGAAAUAAAAUGGGAAAACUAAACCAUAAACAUGAAGAAAUUAAAGCUGAAAGAACUGGAAAGCUGUCUUCAAGAAGUUGACACUUUUGAUAGUCCAAAACUACUCCUUGAACAGUAUCCAACUAGACCUCAUAUCGCAGCAUGUAUGCUUUAUACAAUUCACAAUACUUUUGAUGAUAUUGAAAACAAAACAAUUGCAGAUUUAGGAUGUGGUUGUGGCAUGCUCAGCAUUGGAAGUGCAAUGUUAGGAGCAGGAUUCUGUGUGGGAUUUGACAUAGAUGCAGAUGCACUGGAAAUAUUUAAUAGCAAUAUUGAGGACUUUGAGCUCACGAACGUCAACAUGGUUCAGUGUGAUAUCUGUUCUUUGUCUGGUAGCAUGUCAGAUGCUUUUGACACAGUUAUUAUGAACCCUCCGUUUGGUACCAAGCAUAAUAAAGGAAUUGAUAUGAUUUUUCUGAAAACUGCUCUGCAAAUGGCAAAAACAGCUGUAUAUUCCCUUCACAAAACUUCAACACGGCAGCACAUUCAAAAGAAAGCAGAUGAAUGGGAAGUGAAGAUGGAAGUCAUAGCAGAACUUAGAUUUGACCUACCAGCAUCAUACAAGUUCCAUAAGAAGAAAUCAGUUGACGUUGAAGUGGAUUUCAUUAGAUUUUCUGCCAAGAAACUCCUGAACUGAGGCACGUCUUUAAAACCUAUUGAAAAUGGAACAAUAAAACUGCUAGUUUUUUAAAA